GCCCGGCCCCCCCGCCGCUCCGGCCCGGGCCGCGGGGCCAUAAAGCGGCGGUUCGAGGCCCGGGCCGGUUCUGCCGCGGUUCCUGCUGCUCUGCUGCGCCAUGGCCGUCGCCCGGUGCGGGCUGGCGCUGGGGCUGGGGCUGUGCGGGGCGACCCUGGCUGUCCUGGGGGUCUGCCUGCUGCUGCUGGGGCCUGUCAUCAUCAAGCAGCAGGUCAUCAAGAAUGUCAGGAUCGACCCCAGCAGCAUCUCCUUUGGCAUGUGGAAAGACAUUCCCGUUCCUUUCUACAUGUCUGUGUACUUCUUUGAAGUGCUGAACCCCAAGGAGGUUCUCCGCGGAGCAAAGCCAGCACUGAACCAGCGUGGACCCUACGUUUACAGAGAGUACAGGUAUAAAACAAAUAUCACAUUCCAUGACAAUGAUACUGUCUCCUUCCUGGAGUACCGGAGACUCUUCUUCCAGCCACACUUGUCCAACGGCAGUGAAGAAGAAUACAUUGUUGUGCCAAACAUUUUGAUGAUGGGAGCAGCUGUAAUGAUGGAGAACCUGCCAAACUUCAUGAAGCUUGUAGUGAGUGCAGCCCUGGCUGGCCUGAAACAGGAGGCAUUCAUGAACCGGACAGUGGGGGAGAUCAUGUGGGGCUAUGACGACCCUCUUGUAGACAGAAUAAAUAGUCUUGUUCCUGGCCUGAUCCCUUUCGAGGGGAAAUUUGGUUUAUUUCUACAGAUGAACAACUCCCAUUCAGGACUGUUCACAGUGAACACAGGCAUGAAGCACAUCAGUAGAGUUCACAUGGUGGAGUCAUGGAAUGGACUAAAGAAGACGAAGUACUGGCGGAGCGACGAGUGCAACAUGAUCAACGGAACCUCAGGGGAGAUGUGGCCACCAUUCAUGCGCCCAACAUCACUGGAGUUCUACAGCCCUGAUGCCUGCAGAUCCAUGACACUUGUGUAUGAGCAGUCCGGGAAGUUCAAGGGUGUGCCCACCUAUCGCUUCGUGGCACCGAAAACUCUCUUUGCCAAUGGCACAGACUAUCCACCCAAUGAAGGCUUCUGCCCCUGCCUGCAGUCUGGCAUCCAGAACGUCAGUAGCUGCAGGAUGAAUGCACCAAUGUUCAUUUCCCAACCUCACUUCUACAAUGCUGACCCAGUUCUGGUGGAUGCUGUUGAAGGCCUCCACCCCAGCAAGGACCAGCAUGGACUCUUCCUCGAUGUGCACCCGAUGACAGGCAUCCCCAUGAACUGCUCCAUCAAGCUCCAGCUGAACCUGUACAUAAAGCAUGUGUCUGGCAUAAUGCAAACAGGGAAAAUUAAGCCAGUGGUCCUGCCACUGCUGUGGUUUGCAGAGAGUGGAUCCAUUGAAGGCACAGUCCUAAAGCAGUUUUACACCAACCUGGUGCUGAUGCCAUCCCUCCUGGACUACCUGCAGUAUAUCUUCUUUGGGCUGAGUGUCCCGUUCAUUAUCUCAGCAGCUGUACUCAUGGUAAUGAGUCAGAGAACCACUGCCCAGAAGAGCCCAGCCCACCCCACCAUGCAGAACCACCCACUCCCCUUCUCAGAGACCACGCCGCUCCUCCAGGCCGCCGGCACCCUGAGCCAGGACACCACCGAUGCCUGAGCCACUGGCCUUGGCACACUUCCCACUGGGACACGUCAGUGCUGGGGGCCUGACCUGCUUUGGAUCCCCAGAGGUCUCUGGAAGGUGAAGUCAUCCUGGGCAACUCUUAUCAGAGACCCUGCACGCCAUGGCCAAGCCGUGGGACAGCACUGCUGCAGCAGUACUCUGCACCGGGGCACAGGAGACCUCAUCCACACCCCCAAAACACAGUCUUGAAGAACCUUUGUCCCCAGGGGGCUGGUGUUUGCCAUAGCCCCUCUCCCCCCAUGGGUCAGCAGGAACGAAGACAGUCACUGGCAGAUCUGGGAAGUUGUUUUGCAAUUUAAAACUGUCUUGCUAGGAGUAAAAGGCACUUUAAUAGGAGCCUUUAAAAUAAAUGAGGUUUGUAUAUGUA